AUGCCUGAGAAUCUUCAGUGUCUGGCACUCAAUGAUGAUAAACAGUUAUUUAGUACAAGUAGUAUGCCCGAUGGUGCAGAGAACACUGAAUUAGAUACGGUUCCUGCAAAGCAGAGAGCUGGACGUUCGGCUUGCGGGCGGGAACGUCUUAGUCAUACACAGAGAAAGAACGAUUUAAAAAUUGGUAAUGUUGAGAAGGGCAAGAUUUUCGUUCAGAAGUGUGCCCAGUGCCAUACUGUGGAAAAAGGAGGCAAGCACAAGACUGGGCCAAAUCUCCAUGGUCUGUUUGGGCGAAAGACAGGUCAGGCUGUCGGAUUCUCUUACACAGAUGCCAACAAGAACAAAGGCAUCACCUGGGGAGAGGAGACGCUGAUGGAGUAUUUGGAGAAUCCCAAGAAGUACAUCCCUGGAACAAAAAUGAUCUUCGCUGGCAUUAAGAAGAAGGGAGAAAGGGCAGACUUGAUAGCUUAUCUCAAAAAAGCUACUAAUGAGUAAUAGUUGGCCACUGCCUUAUUUAUUAUGAGACAAAUGUCUCAU